UCUAUCAGGAACGGUCACACUUUUUUGAACGCGGAAAACAGGCGCCAAUUUGUGCGAUUCUAAUAAACAAUUUUUAAAAGUAAAAAAUGCAGGCCAAAGCGACCGACAGCCGACAGGAGCCGACGCUCCAUAUGGACACAAAUGCGCGUCGCAAUUUUAUAAAAUUACAUGCGAAACUUGGCGAGAAACCCUCGACAACAGUACGAUUCUUUGACCACUCCGAUUGCUAUACGGUCCAUGGCAGCGAUGACUGCGAGUUGGUGGCCAAAAUCGUUUACAAAUCCACGGCGUACAUUGGAACCCUGCUCCCGGAUGACAAAAAGGACACCUUGCAAUUCGUGUCCAUGACCAAGGGAAACUUUGAACUGGCUGUGCGAGAUUUACUUCUUGUGAGGAAUCUCCGGGUAGAAGUGUAUGUCAAAAAAUCCACCGACUGGGAACUGGAGUACCGCGGAUCUCCAGGAAACCUGUUGCAAUUCGAGGACAUCUUGUUUGCCAACAAGGAAGUUCUGGUGGGCAACAGCAUCAUCUCACUCUUGGUAAAACUCGAAGGCGGUGGACAGCGGCGUGUGGGUGUGGCCAGCGUGGAGCAAAACGAUUGCAAGUUUCAGUUGCUUGAGUUCCUCGACGACGACUUCUUCACCGAAUUGGAGGCAACUGUAGUGCUUCUUGGUCCAAAGGAGUGUCUGCUGCCCAGUUUGGAUGGUGACUAUGCAGCCGUGAAAACGCUGCUUGAACGAAAUGGCGUCAUGAUCACUGUGCCCAAAAAGAGCAGCGCCAACGAUUUGCUGCAGGAUCUGAAUCGAUUGCUGCGCUUCGCCAAGGGACAGCAGGAGGAUGCCACGGGCUUGAAGGAGCUACAGCAACAACUUGCCUCCAAUGCCCUGAAAACGGCCAUCAAGUACUUGGAUCUGGUCAACGAUGCUGGCAAUUUGGGGCACUAUGAAAUCAAGCAACUGGACCUGAAUCGCUUUGUACAUUUGGAUUCUGCGGCUGUGGCAGCUUUGAACAUUUUGCCCAAACCGGGUACUCAUCCUUCCAUGCCCUCGUAUCGCUGGCAAAGUAUAAUGGGCGUUCUCGAUCAUUGUCGAACGCCACAGGGACACCGACUUAUGGGUCAGUGGGUUAAGCAGCCUCUUCGGAGCCGAGAUAUCCUCAAUGAUCGUCACAACAUCGUCGAGUGCCUACUUGAAUCGCCGGAUACAAUGGAAACCCUCAGCUUGGAUUAUCUAAAGCGCAUACCAGAUAUCCUGAUGCUAACCAAGAAGCUUAUGCGGCGAAAGGCGAAUUUGCAGGAUCUGUUCCGCAUCUAUCAGGUGAUACUGCGAACGCCAAAGAUUCUUAAGCUUCUUUACGAGCUGGAGAACUCAACCAUUGAGAGUGUGAUCUGUGCGCCAUUUAAAAGCUUCUUAGAGGACCUGACUGGUUUGAAGCAAAUGGUUGAGCAGGUAGUUGACUUCGAGGCCAUCGAAAGAGGCGAGUAUCUGGUAAAGGCUUCCUUCGACAGUCGACUGAUGGAACUGCAACAGACCAUGACAGAACUCUAUUCCAAAAUGGAAAGGCUGCAGGCCAAGUGCAGUGAGGAGUUGGACUUGAAUCAGGUUAAGCUGGAAAAUGUGGCCAAGCUGGGACAUCAUUUCCGCAUAACCGUAAAGGAUGAUUCCGUGCUGCGAAAGAACAAGAACUAUCGCAUUGUGGAUGUGAUCAAGGGCGGCGUUCGUUUCACAUCUGAUAAGUUGGAGGGCUAUGCAGAGGAAUUCACCAGCUGCCGCACUCGCUACGAAGAGCAACAGCUGUCCAUUGUGGAGGAGAUCAUUCAGGUGGCUGUUGGUUAUGCUGCACCACUUACUUCACUCAACAAUGAACUCGCUCAACUCGACUGUUUGGUGAGCUUUGCCAUUGCGGCUCGCAGUGCUCCCACCCCUUAUGUGCGACCCAAAAUGCUGGAGGAGGGUGCUCGGGAAUUGGUACUGAAGGAUGUGCGUCAUCCGUGUUUGGAGCUGCAGGAACAUGUCAGUUUUAUAGCCAACAGUGUGGACUUUAAAAAAGAGAAAUGCAACAUGUUCAUCAUCACGGGACCAAACAUGGGUGGAAAGAGCACUUACAUACGUUCUGUGGGCACCGCUGUGCUAAUGGCCCAUGUCGGUGCUUUUGUGCCCUGCAGCUUGGCCACAAUCAGCAUGGUGGACUCCAUUCUCGGACGAGUGGGUGCCAGCGACAACAUAAUCAAGGGAUUGAGCACAUUCAUGGUGGAGAUGAUUGAAACAUCUGGGAUAAUUAGGACUGCCACUGAAAAAUCCUUGGUGAUCAUUGAUGAAUUGGGUCGCGGCACUUCCACCUACGAGGGUUGUGGCAUCGCCUGGUCCAUUGCCGAGCAUCUGGCCAAGGAAACCAAGUGCUUUACCUUGUUCGCCACUCAUUUCCACGAGAUAACCAAGCUGGCAGAGACUCUGCCCACGGUGAAAAACUGUCAUAUGGCGGCAGUGGCGGAUGCGGAUAACUUUACGCUCUUGUACCAAGUGAAACCUGGGGUGAUGGAGAAGAGUUUUGGCAUUCAAGUGGCGCGAUUAGCCAAUUUCCCCGAGCAUGUUGUCCAGAACGCGCAGGAGGUGUAUAAUGAGUUCGAGGAUGAGCAUGUGGACAAGCAGAAAAGGGAGGACAAGGCACUUCUGGAGAAGAUUCAAGUGGCCAUUCAACAGCUGUCGACAGCAGGGAAUAAUGUGGAUAUUAACGUGGAGGACUUGACCCAGUUGGUCACGAAGUUUACUAAGGAUAUCGAGCAGCUGGACAGCGAUUACUUCAAGGCCGUGCUGGCCACCAGUGAGGCUUAGUUGGAACAGCGGAUGAACAAUUUUCUAUCAGGCAGUAUUACUUUUUGAGGCAACAUUCAGCUAAGAAUUCAUACACAAGAAUCUUCCCAUCUUUGAGUUUAAUCAGUUUCUUUGUAUAAUUCCAUACUCUUCAUUUCAUUUUAUUUCUUUUUCAUUUUCUUAAAUUUUUUUUUUUAACAAAAUAAUAUUCUUAACAUACCUAUAGUUAAAAAAUCUUUCAAUCAUUUUUCAGUGGUUGUAAACCACAGGGAGUACAUCAGCCUACCACAUCGAAGUUAUAUGUUAGUUAAGUUUUUUUUCUAUGGGAUUAAACGUAAACAUAUUUAAAAAAAAAAAAAAGCAAAAAACUCAAGGAGUUUUUUUUUAAUUUUGAAUAUACAGAAUGCUUACCGUGACAUUAAAACUAAAAAAAACAUUAUGAAUUCAUACAUAUUUGUAUGUAAAAAAAUUAAGAUUACAGCAUCAAGACUUAAACGGUUUUUAAUUUAAAUAAAAUAUUUUCUCCAAAGAUUGGGUUUAUCAGAAAUUAAACCAUACAUACUUGUUAAUAUUGGAGUGCUAAAAAAUGUAUGUUCUGUACCACGUUGCUUUACUUUCGAAUCAGGGUUAACCACCUUUGCUAAGAUGAAUCAGCCGAGCUAGACGUUAAUCUAAUUCAUGUUCCACAACCGUCACAUGAUUUGGAAACGCGGUGAUUUGUGUGUUACUAAUAGCGCUAUUUCUUCGGCUCCAUGCCAAGUCACAUUGAACACGCUUUUUAACACAGCGCAAACUACAAAAUACGAGCCUGACAAACUGUCAAUUUAAUCGGCCGGGUUUUAACCUCAGCUGUCAGUUGGGCUAAAGCGCCGCGGUGCCGUUGGCCCGAUCUUUAGCUCGACUGUCAUUACCAAAUUCAACUUAAGUGCUGUCAAAAGAUAAUUACCGUUUCGGCAUUGAUUUUUCUUACCUUUUUUCACUGAGACAACUAAAUGACAACAGCUCUCUAAAAAGGCCUAAACCAGUUUGUGGCUGCCUCAUCUGGUGUGAUUCGGUAAUAUGGUUAACAUAUAACUAAAAUUACUGGAACAGCUUCUUUCGGACCAAGAAAAAACAUAUUAAGAAAUUAAAUAAAUACUUUAACCCACUUAUUGCCAAGGGGAAGCUCAUAUGUUAUUUUUAAGUUUUAGUUUUGCGUGUUUAAAUCACUUUGUAACAGAAACAAACUUAAUUGUAUUGUUAAUAUAAAAUUAUUGGUAUUAUAUUGAUGUGCACUCAUUAGGUGUUCCACUAAUCAAUGAUUUUAAUCAAUAAAAAUAACUGUAUAAAGAAGCAAAGCAGUUUACAAUUUUCUUGUCAAUUGUUGCGCGCUUAAAGUGGAAAUUUUAGGCACAUAAUUUUAGCUUAUCUGAUAUAUUCCUCUGCCCAUGGCUGUGCGCACAUUCAAUUUGAUAUCGCAUACUCAACAAACAUGGCGUGUUAGCAACGCUUAACAGCAUCCAAAAUUGACAGGCAACUUUAAAUAUAUUGCAUUUGCGGCCAGUUCGGCAUGCUUGUCUGCCACGAUUAGUGGCAAGCAGCCAGCCAACGAGGCAGGCUUCUCCGAUCCGGCACCAUCUCCAGCUCCAUCCUCCUCCAGCUCCAUCCUCUCCAGCUCCUUUAAAGCCAACUUCAUUUGGGUGAAUGGGGCGAAGACGUCCGAUGCGACGCGACGCGUACAAUUAUUAAUUUGAUACGAUAUAAUUGACAUGUUGCCGAUGCCAAAAAGGAAGCACUAACAUGCAGACAACAACAGCAACAACAACAACAACAACAAGAGCAACAACAGCAACAGGAGCAGCAGGAGCAACAACAAGGUGAAACCUCGUAACGUGGCCAACAAGCUAAGCCGGAGCGACGCAUAUUAACGCCAUGGCUUAGAGACAAGGGCCGAUCGGGCUUAGAGAUGGCACUUCAAUAAAAAAAUUAAUAGAAAUUUAGAACUAACUAAAAAUGUUUUAAUAUGAAUUAUGUUUUAAAGUUUUUCUACCCAAAAUUUAUAUUUUAAAAGAUCGGUUUAAUAUUGGUUUUGAAUCUUAUCUUAAAACCUCGCUAGAAAAUAUGUUAAAAACAUUAAAUUUUUUCUAUUAAUUUUAA